ACCAGAAAUCCGACAGCUCCUUAUCCUGAAUCUGAAUCCAGGGCUGCUUGCAUUUCACCUAUGGAUUCCCUGCUCUUCUGGCUAUUUUCACUGCUAUCAGUGUAUGCCACAACUGUGAAAGGACAUGACAGACUGAAAGCGAGAAGUAUUUUGGACCUGGCUGGCAUGAUUAAGUGCAGCACAGGCUGCUCUCUAUCAUACGUCGUGUAUGGUUGUUAUUGCGGACUUGGAGGGAAAGGCUGGCCACGGGAUACUACAGAUUGGUGCUGCUUUGUUCAUGACUGCUGUUAUGGGAGAGCAGAGCAGGCUGGUUGUCAUCCCAAGUCAGACAAUUAUAACUGGUAUUGCCAAAAUGGUACACCUGGAUGUGGAAGCCUCCAUGACAAUUGUGAGAAGAUGACUUGUGAAUGUGAUGUGCAAUUGUCAAAAUGCUUAAAGAGGGCGGCAUACCAGAACCGAUUUGCACUAUGGCCCAAUUUCCUUUGUGGGAAGAAAACACCAAAGUGUCACCACUAAGAAACAAAAUUCAGUGCUUAUUCUGAAAUUUUAAUCAGAUAUGAGCCUGGAACUAUCUUUGAUUUGCUUUUGUAUACAAGGAAUCAGCAAUAUUAUGCUAAAAAAUGAGUUAACUUUGCAAUCUCUGAACAAGGACCAUAGGAAAUUGUAGUCAAGCUGGCACCAAUGAUCCAAAAAUUAACUUUAAUGAAUGGCAAAUCACAGGCUGUACUGCCAUGGUAUGCUCCCUUUGCAUAAAUCUGACUGAAGGAAUGCAGGGUUGUGGAUUCUGUCCUUUCCCCUGUGAAAUGACACUAUGAUUAUGAAGUCAGAGUAGAUCUGAAUUUUUAAGUUCCAGCAUUUACCACAUCCAAAGAAAGGGAAGACAGUGGCAACUUUGCAUAUAUAGAUAACCAAAAUCUUAAGCAAAGAGAUGGGUUUAGAAGAGAAAAGAGGGAGAUAGAUUUAGGUAUGGAACUCCAGACCUUUGGGCCCAGGAAGCUGAAUCUGGGACCACUGGCUGUGGAGUAAUUAACAUCAGGGAUUGAGGGACCAUGAAGAUCUAAGAGGGUUAAGGACUGCGAUGAUGAGAGAUGAAGGGUAUCUCUUCUGGGUUUACUGAUAGUUAGACAGGUUGCCUGGGCUUUGGGAAAUGUGGCAGCAGGAGAUAAGGUCUUUGAACGGAGGAAAUGAGCUUUAUUUUAUGCAUUGCUUGUUGCUUGUGGCUGGAAGCAAGCAGGAAUGUUUCCUCCCAGCAAUUGCAAACUAGCCAGUUUUCCAUCCCAGGAUCAGACUCAACCCACUUGGGACCUAUCUCUCCUCCUGGAUUUGAAUCUCCCCCAAGAUCUACUCCCCAUCACAUGAUCAGUUCCACUGCUCAGUGAUCAGACCUUCAUCCAGUCAUUGAGUGUCUCCUAUGGUUAGAACAUCUCCCAUUGACUACUCACUACUAUCCAUUCCCCUUCAGCAUUAGAAACUCCGACGGAGUUGGAUCCCUUGUCGGGCAUCCCAACAACACCCCAUUUAUCAGCCCACCAUCUUUCUCAACCAUGCUACAUUAAGCAGUCCUCUUACUUCUCUACUCCAGCGGCAACAGAUCUACAGCAUAUGCUCCCAGUCUGUGACCUUUUCUGCAAUAUUCCCCACUCACAACACAGAGACAAGCCUGAUCAGUCUGCCUUCAAGUGGAAAAUCUUCUGAAAAAAAUACAAGCCCCAUAAAUGUAUUGGCAGAGUUCACCUUAGCUCACUGUCCACACCCUCUCCCCUUGCUUGGAAACUCAGAAAUCCUGCUCCUGUAAGGAUUGGGGUCCAUAUGUUUCUGCCAGCGCAACAGAAGUAAAUGUGUUUUAGUGUUUCUUGGUGCUAAGUAGCUCAAAUCAGUAGCCUAAAGAUGUAAUACAUGAAGAGCAGAAAGAAAGCCAAAUGUAGCAGAUUAGAGUAAUAAAGAGCAUGAGCCAUAGAAGGCAAUUAAUGCCUGGGCUCAGAAUGUGGGGGGAUACAGGAGUAAUUGAUAACUUGGGUAUCAUGGUGGGAGUUGCCUGCCAUGGAAUGUAAGCUGAAGUAAUGGUCUAUAUGAUUUGCUCAAGGCCAUUAUGCUCUUUCACAUUGAAUGACUUCUAUAUCAUAAUCAAAGGUUCAAUUACAACAAAAAUUUAAAAGGAUCGCUGAUUUGGAAUGCUGCCUGUCUGUUCUUUCUAGAAACAUAGAAACAUAGAAAAACUACAGCACAAUUCAGGCCCUUUGACCCACAAAGCUGUGCCGAACAUGUCCCUACCCUAGAAAUUACUAGGCUUACCCAUAGCCCUCUAUUUUACUCAGCUCCAUGUACCUAUCUAACAGUCUCUUGAAAGACCCUAUCGUAUCCGCCUCCACCACCAUUUCCGGCAGCCCAUUCCACGCACUCACCACUCUCUGAGUAAUAAAAUUACCCCUGACAUCUAUAGAAACAUACUUAAAUACUAUUUAGUUCUAGUUUAUCCUCUUUUCCGAUGCACUCUGAGAUGUCAAGCUACGAUGUGACUCAACAGCCAUAUUUUGUUCUGCAAAAUGAGUUUUACCCAUGACUUACUAAUGUUAUAUUUCCCUGUAUUGAACAUCUAAUCUGAGUUAAAUGGCACAGAAAAAAUGUGCAAGACAAACAGUCACCUGUUUUGAUUACUUUUGGAACUGCAUCAAAUAAAAAAAAAUUGUGAUGAAAUUAAAAAGGAAGAACACAUGUCCAACAUUUGAGAAAGUUGAGCUCAUAUGAAAAUGUACGUUAUAUUUAUAGUUCACCUAUUAUUUCCCUCAUUAAGUUCUCAUGUUCUAAUGAUAGUGUAUAUUCAGUUCCAAGAAGUAUUACCAUGGGAAAUAUAAUUGUGAUAAAAAAUUUGUAAACUUUCCGUAAUCAUUUGGGAAUUGCAGAGGUUUCAUGGUUUGUGUGCAAUGAUUCAGUUUUCUGGUUUUCCUUUAUCAUUCCACUAUGGGAACUUGCCUUAGGUUAUUAAAAUAUUCCCAUUCCCAUAGAUUGUAACACAUUGAGAACCAUUUGUAAACAAAAGGCAACAGUUUUGCCCUGUGGCAGUUCUGCAGACUCAAUAACACACAGAUUUGUAUCUUUCAUUAUUUUCAAGGUGUGCGUCCAUGAGUGUUGGUCUUUUUACUUAAGUAGUUAAUGUUUCCAGUUUUUACCAUACCUUCAGUAGGUGGCAUUCUUUGUCCAAUCAGAUUUAACAUCCUAAGUCAUAAUAAUUGUACAAAUGGUCAUAGGGCUGAUGAAUAGAAAUAAAAAAAACUGCAGAUGCUGGAAAUCUGAAAUGAAAACAAAAAAUGUUUGAAAUGCUCAGCAGGUUGGGCAGCAUCUGUGGAAAGAGUUAAUAUUAAGAUCAGCAUUUAUUGCCCAUGGCUAAUUGCCAUUGAGAACAUGAUGCUGAGCAACUGCCUUGAAUCAUUGCAAUCUUUUGUGUGAAGGUGCUCACACAGUAUUGCUGGGAAGGGAAUUCUAGCAUGAUGAAGGGCCAGAGAUAUAUUUCCAGGGCAGGGGUUGCACAGUUUGGUGGGGAACCUGCUGCUGGUGACAUACCAAUGUAUUUUCUAUCCUUGGAGACACAAGAGGCCGCUGAUGCUGGAAUCUGGAGCAACACACAAAGUGCUGGAGGAAUUCAGCGAGUC